AUGGCCAUGGUGCCGGACCCGGAAAAUCCGAUACACAAGGAUGUCGCAUUAAUGCACCGCGAUAUAAGUCGCCAGACGGAAAUGCUGCGCACCUUGGAAGCGCCAGAAGAGCCCCUCUCUGCACGUCAACCCUACUUCAUGCAGGUUGACAGCGCCAAUGGUCCCCCUCUAUCGCCACGGCAGAUGCCCGCAGACAAUUUAUCAGAGUCCCGGAGAGGCUCGCUAGCCAGCAUUUCUCGCCAAGCACCAUACAAAGGCCCAGUUCCGGCCCAUAUUGCGAUUUCUCCCCGACGUUACGGCUCAAUAGGUACGGGUAAUUACUCUCCAUCAUCAGCCAGAACUCCAGCUAUCCACCAGCCACCCCCACCCCCUCCCCCCUCGAUCCAGCAUCCAGGCUCAAAUGCAAACCUGGGGAACAACAAUCUGGGGAACAGCUCAUCCCCGCCAUACAACCUAUAUAGGCGGCAUACCUCGGCCGAUAUUCGCACCCAUGGCUGGCAAGCCCAGCCGCCUCCACCUGCACCAGCACACUCGCCCUAUGCUUCCGGUCACAAUUCUUCCCAAUGGCCCUCGUCGCCACACCGAGCACCUGUUGGAGGCGGAGACCAGCAACUCCGUGACGCUUUGGAAAGUUACCAAUUACCUCGCGGACCAAAACGGCAGCAGUCGAGUCGGCACGGCAGUCCACCGCUGACAAACGAUAACACGCCAUCUACUUUGAACCCGGAUAGCGGAUGGACAUUGCCCGGUGCAAGGUAUCCGUUCAAGGGCAUCGAUACGCCUGGCCCGCCGACCAGACGAUCUAGCAUGGCAUCGAACGUGCACUCACUCCUCAACCCGGCCGAGACCGCUGAACGGACCGAUGAAGAUGAGCCGGAUGACGCGAGGAAGAGGAAGAGGAUGCAGUGA